AAAUGGCCAUUAUCCUCCCCAUAAAAUAUGGUAUACAGUAUUAUCCCCUACAUCGCGUUCCAGGGUCUCAUUUCACUGUGACACCUUCCGCAGCAGUUGGACUUGGAAGAAGUUGGAACACUCGGUUUCACUGUAAUACUUCCGCCGUAGUAUUUUCAAGCUCGAAUCAAUGGCGGAAACAAAUAAAGCUACAAAAACUGAAGAUGAUGAGGAAGAUUACAUGGGCGAUCUCACUCAGUUCCUCCCUCCCGAAACCGAAACCGAAACCACUGUGUCUUCCAAAAUCUCCCAAAAAAAGAGCUUUAAUUCCAAAACCCUCAUCAAUCAACCCCCGACGAAGAAACCCAAGACCUUAAACUGGAAAGAACAACGGAAAAUCGAUCGAGAACGGAAGCAGAGAGAAGAAGACGAGCAAACCCUAGCAAAACUUGAUUAUGCGAUUCCCCAAUCUAACAUUGGGUUCAAGAUGUUGAAGCAGAUGGGAUACAAUCCCGGAUCAGCGCUGGGCAAAGACGGGUCCGGACUGGCCGAGCCGGUCGGAGUCGAGAUACGUAGGUCGCGUGCGGGGAUUGGGAGGGAAGACCCUCACAAGGAGAAGCAGAGGAGAGAAGAGGCCUUAGCGGAGAUGAACAGCAAGAAGGAAGAAGCUUUAAUUGCUGAGUUCGGUUCUCGGCAGAAGUCUCAGUGGAGAACCCGCAAGAUUGCUGUUAAUUUCAGCAAGGCCAAAGCUGCACUAGCCCAGUUGGAGAACAAGGAGGUCAUCGAAUCCGAUAAGGAAGACGAAGAAGGUGAUGGAGAUGAAGAGGAAGAGGAAGAAGUAGAGAUAACAGAAGAGGAUUUGCAAGAGAUACUGAUGAAGCUCAGGGAUGAACAUCGGUAUUGCCUCUUCUGCGGAUGUCAGUAUGAAUCAGUGGAGGCACUAUUAUCCAACUGUCCAGGAACUGAUGAGGAUGACCAUUAAGCCUUGCUUCAACAAAACUCAGUGAGAGCUACAAGUGGAUUCUAUAGCUCAAGUCAAUCCCAUGACCUCCUGGGACCCUGCUACCACCACACUCCACUGAAGGAUAAAACCACAUACAGAAGUGUAGUCCAAGAAUUGUGUGUUUUGGGGGGUGUGGUAAUUGCUGUUACACAAAGUGAAAGGGUUCUUUCACAGCUUCACCACAGCACAGCAAUAGGGAUUGUAUACAUUCAAAAUCAAAAUUAAAUAGAAAGAAGAGUACCCAUUCUCUCACUUGUUAACAUAACAUAAUUUGUUGGUUCCUAUUCUUGUUAAUUAACUAUCAGCAGUAUGUGGAAUUUAUCCUGCGUCA